GAGGGUAGAGGACAGGGAGGAGGGGGGCCAUGGCCUCGUCGGUGGUGAGGGCCACGGUGCGCGCCGUCAGCAAGCGGAAGAUCCAGGCUACGCGCGCCGCCCUCACCCUGACUCCAUCAGCUGUUCAGAAGAUAAAACAGCUUCUAAAAGAUAAACCUGAGCAUGUAGGUGUUAAAGUAGGUGUUCGUACAAGAGGAUGCAAUGGACUUUCUUACACCUUAGAAUAUACAAAAUCGAAGGGAGACUCUGAUGAAGAAGUAGUUCAAGAUGGGGUUAGAGUGUUUAUUGAAAAGAAGGCACAGCUGACACUUCUAGGAACUGAAAUGGACUAUGUAGAAGACAAACUGUCCAGUGAAUUUGUCUUCAACAAUCCAAACAUCAAAGGAACUUGUGGCUGUGGAGAAAGUUUUAACAUCUGAAAUCUCAGGACUACUUCUUUGACUUUGAACCCCCCAGAACAUUUGUUGUUACAGAUUCUGGAAGCAAAUGCGUUUUCGUCAGAUUCAUAGGCUUCAUAAAGCGGGGAUACCAUUAAGAAAAAUAGUUGAUGCUGAAAAUGUAAAUUCGUGUGUUAUAUUCCACCACUGAUAUAGUUACGCUGUAAUUUGUGAUCAGUUUGAAUCCAAAAGGUGAGAACAGUAUGUGCUGUAGUAACAUCUCUGUACUUUCACAUGCCAAGGAAAUAAAAUCUCACUGUUCUUUUCCUUUGUCAUUUUCUUUGUCCACUCAUACUUGUUCAUCCAAAAGCCAUUUGAAAGCAUAUAUUUGCAUGUGUGUUCUGCUUUGAUUGGGGCCAGGAGGAGGCAGAGGGAGAGGAGGCAAAAACGGAAACCGCAACCCAACCAUUUAUAUAUGUUUGUUUAUAAAGGUUUAUGUACACAGUCAGAGUCUUCAGCCUCAGAGUUAUCUAUGAUGAUGUAAAUGUUAGCUCUGUUUUUGUAGUAUUCUGAUGCUUUUGUCUUUUAUGUAUAAAUUUUCUGGUGAUUUAUUUUCCCAUAAAUCCAGAUAAAUGAAAAAAACAAGUUCACAUGUUAGUAUAGAUGUAGAUUACCAUAGCACGGCUUAUAGAAAUACUUGAAAAUAGGCUAACUCAAUUUUGAUUCUCUUCUUUCCCUUGUUAAAGGCACAGUCUCUGUUGUACUUCGUUUUCAAGAAUAUGAAAUACAUUCAAGCACUAGGCUACUUAAGCCAGAUACAAAUUGGUUCUGUUUUUCAAAUUUCUGUCACUUACAUUCUUGACUUAAAUUGUAAAGUUGGUUAAACAGGCCAUGUCCAUGGUUUGUGCUGUCUGUGCACCAAAAGCUGUCAACGCUUUUUUGAGAUGGAAAUGUAGGCUUCUCAGCACUUCUCCUUCAGUAGUUGUAUCUGUAAUUAAUCUUGUUAGAGGUUGAACUCUCUUUUGUAACACUGUAGGCAUUAGGGGUUUUCACUAAAGCUUAUGGCAAAACUCCUGUGUUGAAGUUAACUUGGUAACAUGAAACAAUUUAUAAUCUAAAAACUUAGUACUUAGUAAUUGUUUUUAAUUAGUCUAGACAAUAACUGAAGUAUUAUAUUUAUAGGAGGCCCCUUUUUCUUUGGAAUUUAAACUUUCUUCUAAUCAAAAUUCUGUUUUAGAAAAUGGUGAUUUUCAAGCUUAUGAAGUCUUUAUCUCUUCUUCACUGCUGUUCAGGCAGAAGUGUAAAUGUCUCCUUCAGCCUUUUUGAAAGCUAGUCUGAGAGAAGUACUGUUGCAUCCUUUUAUCUGCAUGUUUCCCUGAUUGUCCAAAGAUGAUGUUGUGCAGCUAAGCCAUGCAGAAGAGAACUUGUUUGCCUGGGCAACCAAUUGAAACAGCUGGUGAAAAGGGUGCAAAUAAAAUGGGACAACAGGGACUGGGAUCUUGCAGUCAAGGAUGGGAAAGUGCUAAGAUGGAAGUAAAGGUGCAUAUUGAAGAUCAUGUUGGUCUGGACAGUUGUACACACUUAGCUCUCAAUAACUUUGUAACACUAAUGUGCUGAAAGUGUAGGACUGCAGCUAUGCUUUUGUUCUUUCCUCCAUGUCUUUUCCCAGAUGUAGAGAAGAAUAAAAAUGAAAAAGAAAAUACUGAUCUAUUUUAUGUAGUACACAGGAAGAGGUUAGAAUUUCCACACUUGCAGUUCAAUAUAACAUACUUGAAUUCUGGUUGUAUACUUUUACCACCUCUUUCCUUCAACAGUAAGUUGUUGUACACAUUUACUUUAUAUAGUAAUUAAAGAAUCGAUGGUUAUACACUGGCUGUGUAGCAUUUAUAAUGCCAUAAGUCUUACAGUCUUGCCAAAUGGAAAAAAACAACCAACCAAAUACCAAAAAAAAAAAAAAAAGGGCAGUUAAUGUGAUGUAACUGGAUUAAUAUUUUUUUAAACUCCAGGUAAAGGAACGCUGCUUCAGAUUGCAUGUCUCUGCUUUUUGCUAGAGGAUAAGACUUUGAACGUGGUAGCACUGGGGGUUGCUAAGAGUGAUAGUACUUAUUUAAUUUGUUUUCAUGUAUUUUGGAGUGAAGGGGAUUUCUGAUUUGUUUGUUUGUUUUCAGACCUGUGGCACAGAUAGCAAUCCUUCUCUUGUGUUUCAUGCAUAUGCCUUGAAUGAAAGUUCACACUUUCAUAUUCUCGUGAAAUAAUGCUCUCAAUUGUCACUUUACUAAGACACAACGCACAGUGUGUUAAACUUUUGUUAAAGUGCUACUUACAGUUGCGUAGGAACAUGGGUUUGUUGAUUGAUCCGUCAUAAUUGUGUGCAAUACUGUAUGUCAAGUUCUCAGUUAUAAUAAAUAUUGCCUGUUGGUA